CGGACGUUUGCCACCAUGUUCAUCAAUUUCGUUCAACUCUCCGCAUGAUGGAUAGUGUUGAGAAAUAUCAAUACCACGGACUCAAUGGCUCCGACGCCAUUCGCCUCAUUAAGUUGCAUCCAUCAACCGAUCUAGAGGCUCAGGUACGAUGCGAGUUGCUUCACACGAGCCUGACCGAGUGCGAGGACGAUGUUAUCAAUACCUAUACGGCCAUCUCUUACGUCUGGGGAGAUCCAAACGACACCCGAACGGUCUUGGUUGAUGAAAAGACCCUCGAAAUCACUGCUACCCUGGACACAGCACUUCGCCAUAUCCGGUCCAGAGAUGGAGUUGCACGGCUUUGGGCAGAUGCAAUCUGUAUUAACCAAGCCGAUAUCGCUGAACGCACGCAACAGGUCAGGCACAUGGGACCUAUCUAUGCUUGUGCAGCCCACACAAUCAUUUUCUUCCCUUCGUCAACUCCCGAAGCCGAGCUAUUCCUCGAUGCCUUGAGGAUCUCCAACGGAAACGUAAGGAAAGGAUUCUCCAAGAGUGUUAUAGCUAUGGGUACUUGUAAUGAACUUUGGACGCUGGCAUCUCAUGAGUUCCUCGGUCAAGUGUGGUUCACCAGGGUAUGGGUACUCCAGGAAUUGCUAUUCUCACGAAGCCCUUGGAUACAAUGCGGAAGUGCUCGUUGCCGAUGGGAUGAUUUUUACAAACAUGUGCAGUCUGCGCCAGAGCCUUUCAUUGCCAAAUCAUCCCACCUCGACCUUGUGGUUCGCAAAGACGAUAUUGGUCACCCCUUGGAUGAUAUACUUUCUUCCCAGCUAGACCCUCGGGAGCAAGCAUCAAAAGAGCAGAUACCGUCGAAGGCCUUCCAAAUCUUGCUGUGGAUGUCACGACUUCGGACAAAAUUCUACAGCCAGUUGAAUUAUAUGUAUGGCGAUUGGCUUUUACUGGAAUUGCUGCAGUCGCGUCGUGCUUUGGGAGCUACAGACCCUCGAGAUAUUGUUUUUGCACAUGUACUUAUUGCUCGAUCCGUCGAUGUCGUGGGAAAGUAUCGCGACCUGAUUCAAGCUGACUACAGCAAAGACUGUAGUCAGGUGUAUGAGGAAGUUGCUCGAUACUUAUUCGAAAACCAGAGUGAUUUCUCCAUCUUCUCCCUGGCGGAGGAUGUGGAACUUGGCAAGCGCCGGCCAGGGAUGGCAUCAUGGGCUCCAGACUGGACAGUGCCAUUGCCCGGCCCGCCGUGGACAACCAUCCCCGAGUACUUGGGCACGGCGGGCCUGUAUUUCGUUCAAGACGCAUACAACAUAAACCACGUGCGUAGAAAGUGGUCUGUACCACGUCAGGCAACUCAUGGCUGGCUUGGCUCGACCUUUGUAUGUGUAGGAGCCAAAGCCAGCCCUGUUAAUACGAUGUCAGCAGAGAUCAGUCUGCCAUUCAGAGGCUUCAAUAUUGCACAAUUCUUCAAAGAUCGUCAGAUUGAUGACAAGACCUACGAGGAGCUUUGGAGCAAGGUUGAUCAGGAGCUUGGUCCUGGUAUUCUUCCGCCUUUGUGCUGUGCAUUUGAUACAAGACUUUCAAAUCCACUAGAUUCGUUGAAAAACGCAACACUGUCAUCUCAGCGACAUGCCGCAUUCAGGACAAAUAUAGCAAAGUCUCUUGAAAUAUAUACUGCACGAUUUCUCCCUUCAACAGGGUCUGAUUUAUAUACUGGGCAAGGUUACCGUUCAGCAAAGACCGAUCCUAUUAUCGCGCUACUGGUUUAUGAUACCCUCGAUCCGGAACCCACAUCUGUCUUACAGGGUCGUCGGUUGACGUCGUUGCUCGAUGGCAGGCCUGCGCUGGUCCCAGCGUCAACACGUGCAGGUGACAUCGUGGUAUGCCUUGCAGGUUCAACGAUUCCCUAUGUUCUCCGGCCAAGAAGCGUUCAAGAGAUUAUUCCUCAAAGUGCAGUUCAAGGAGCAUUUGCUCCGGACGAAAUACCGCCUGAUAAGCAUCAAUUGGAUUGUAGAAGAUGUCAAUAUUUCAAGGCCUGCCUGAAUAUCACCCUCAUGUUUUGUUUCUGCUAACAGAUUUAUCAGUCCAAAUAUGAUCGCAUAAACCAAGCUUGUGAUCGUAUAAAACCGGCUUGUAAACGCUGUAUUAACAGCGGGGAUAAAAACGGGGGUUGCGAGUAUGAUGAUGUUUACGAUAUUCGAGACCUCGACAUUGGCCACUUUGAAUUUGUUGGACAAUGUUUCGUGGAGACGAUGAUGCUCGGUGGUGCUGCCCAAGAAUUGGAGACAGGAAAGAAGAUGAUUUUUGCAAUUCAUUGAACGACACAUGUAAUCCGCAAUUUAUGGGACCACGUUUUAAUAAAUAACGAGUUGGGUGGAAUGAAAUGACAAAGAGAUUGACUUAGCGACAAAAUGAUUAUGGGAGGUCCGC